CAUCAACUGAAUCUGAUAAUGAGAAAUGCAGCAAGUGUUACAAAAAACUCAAGAAUAUUUUUCUCUAACAUUAUGGCUAUUCCGACAUUCUUCUCAAGAUCACCACAACGUGUAUCCAUUCUCCAGAAGCAUAUGAAUAUGAACGUCAGCAUUCCAUGUCCAUCUUCUACAAGGUGGAACCUUGAUAUACAGGGCGUGAACAAAGUUUAUGAAAAUCUGCAAGCCUUAAAAAGCAGCCUUACUGAAAUCCAGUCAACAUCAAAUGCAGAUCACACCAUUUCAGAAGCAACUGGAAUUUUACAAUACAUGGAUAAUGAUAAAUUCAUGUUUUGGCUGGAGCUUUUCCAUCAGAUUAUGACUCAUGUUGAAGUAGUUUACAACCAAAUGCAAUCUCAUGAAAUUGAUGUGUUCAAAGCAGAUGAAUAUGUAAAAAAUUUCAAAAUUGCUAUUUUAGAAAUAAGAAACUCCAAGUACUGUGAGAAUCCCUCAGAGACACUCAUGGCAGAAGCAAAGGAAGUAUGUGACUGCAUAAGUGUUGAUAUAGCUGACAGAUAUUCUUUCACUAAACAGUUAAUAGCUGCUAAAUUGUUCAACAAGAAAAGCUUCACUAGUUUU